AUGUCAAAACGUCACUUAUAUCAGUCCUCGGAUGGGCUUGUCACCAAGUCUAUCAGAGGUCUCAUCUCAUACAACCCGUUACUCAGCCUAGAUGAGCCUAACCGAGUGGUAUUCGACACGGCAUACAAUAAGUCUAAUGUAUCCAUAGUCAGCGGUGGUGGUUCCGGUCACGAACCUGCCUGGUCCGGUUAUGUUGGCCAAAACUUGCUCGCCGCUUCUGUGGCCGGCGACAUAUUUGCUUCUCCCAGUACGAAGCAGAUUCUUUCCGCUAUCGACAGAGUACCAUCAGAAAAAGGGACUAUCUUAGUUAUUACCAAUUAUACCGGCGACUGCCUACACUUUGGGUUGGCAAACGAGAAAGCCAUUGCCAAAGGCCACAAGUGUAGAAUGAUCAUCUGCGGAGAUGACGUGUCCGUCGGAAGGAAAGGCAGCUUGGUCGGCCGACGAGGUCUAGCCGGACAGUUAGGUGUUCUCAAAGUCCUAGGCGGUGCUGCUGGUGCCGGCGGCUCUCUCGAUCAGGUAUACGAUCUAGGCGUUGCGUUCUCGCAGCAGAUUGUUUCCAUCGCAGCCACACUCGAUCACUGCCACGUUCCUGGAAGAGCAGAGUUCGCGAUGCUGGGAGAUGACCAAGUGGAAAUCGGUACUGGGCCUCACAAUGAACCCGGUUAUCGGAAGCUAUCACCUGCGCCGUCAGCGGAGGAACUCGUUAAGGUGCUAUUAAAGUACUGCUUAGAUGAGACAGACUCCGAGCGGGGUUACGUAAAGUUCAAGCCAGGGGACGAGGUCAUUCUUCUCAUUAGCAACUUCGGAGGCAUGUCGUAUCUCGAGAUGGGAGCAUUACUAGACGAUUUGCUUGAACAGUUGGCGAAUGAUUGGAACAUUGUGCCGGUGAGGAUAAGCAAUGGCUUCCUCGAGACGUCCCUAAACGCUCCGGCAUUCUCGAUUUCCAUUGUCAACGCGACGGCCGCCGCCGAGAACUGCUCAUACUCAGUUGAGGAAAUCAAAUCCUUUUUCGACGCUAAGACAAAUACAUACUGGGAAUCCAUGACCGGUUCUCAAGCGAUACGGCGUAGCAGAAAAGAGCAGUUCGUGCAGCCACCUCCCGAGCCUCACAAGGUGAUUGAGGAGGGAAAGGACUUGAAAAUUGAUCCUUCUCUGCUGGAUAGGAUGCUUCGUAGCGCUUGCAACGAGUUAAUAGUCGCAGAGCCCGAUCUAACUAAGUGGGACACGAUCAUGGGCGAUGGCGACUGCGGUGAGACGCUAAAGACGGGUGCAAGUCAUCUCAUCGCCGCGCUCGACAAGAAGCUCGCAGCCGAGGGGUCCGUGAUCGCGGUGCUCCAGGAACUCGAAGAAAUUGUUGAGGGCAAGAUGGGGGGUACUCUAGGAGGUAUCCUAGGUAUCUUCUUCGUCUCGUUAAGAACGACUCUCCAAGAGAACGUUGCCCUAGCUAAGACCGAAGGGCUUUCAAAACUAUGGGCUAAGGCCGUCCAGAUAGCUUUAGAUAAUCUAGGUCGGUACACACCAGCUAAGGUCGGCGACAGGACGGUCAUGGACACUCUUCUCCCAUUCGCAGAAGGACUACGUUCGGGAGAUCUCGCGGGUGGUGUCGAGGGUGCGAUUAAAGGUGCUGAGCUGACCAGGACAUUGGCUCCGAAACUCGGCAGAGCGACUUAUGUCGGCGCGGAUAGCAGCAAGGAGCUGCCCCCAGACCCUGGUGCUUGGGGUGCCAUGGUUGCUAUUAAGGGUUUACAGUCAGGUAUAUAA